AUGGCCUCCAUCUCUGAGCUCGCCUGCAUCUACUCGGCCCUCAUCCUGCAAGAUAAUGAGGUCACGGUCACGGCCCUGGCCAACAUUGACAUUGGAAGUCUCAUCUGCAAUGUAGGAGUUGGUGGACAUGCCCCAUCACCUGGUGCUGCUCCUCCUGGGGGUGCUGCUCCUCCUGGGGGUGCUGCCUCUGCCGCUGGUGCUGCCCCUGCUGAAGAGAAGAAAGAGGAAGUUAAGAAAGAGGAAUCAGAGGAAUCAGAUGAUGACAUGGGCUUUGGUCUUUUUGACUAAUUAUCUCAUGUAAUACAGCAAAUAAA